CCCCGGGCACGCCAGGCCACUCUCGAGCGCCAUGUUGAGUCUGCUGCUGCUCGCGCUGCUGGCCCGCUGUUCGGGCGUCUCCGUGGCCGACCCGAGCCUGGCCGAGGCGCCGCUGGACUGGUGGCAGAACAUCACCGUCUACCAGAUCUACCCGCGCUCCUACAAGGACUCGGACGGCGACGGCAUCGGCGACCUCAAAGGCAUCACUUCGAGGCUGGAGCACAUAAAGGAUGCUGGAUGCGGAGCGCUGUGGCUGUCGCCCAUCUACGCGUCGCCCAUGAAGGACUUCGGCUACGACAUCUCGAACCAGACUUUGAUCGAUCCCAUUUUCGGGAACCUGGACGACUUCAAGGCUCUGCAAAAGAAAUCCAAGGAACUCGGUCUGAAGCUGAUCCUGGACUUCGUGCCCGACUACUCCAGCGACCAGCACAUCUGGUUCAAGAAGUCCGUGAAGAAGAUCGACCCGUACACCGACUACUAUGUCUGGCACGACGGCAAGAUCGACAACGCCACUGGCAAGAGGACUCCCCCCAACAACUGGGUGAGCGCGUUCAAGGGCUCCGCCUGGGCGUGGAACGAGGAGAGACAGCAGUACUACUACCACGUGUUCACGGUGCAACAGCCAGACCUCAACUACAGGAACAAACACCUCGUGGAGGACAUGAAGGACGUGCUGCGCUACUGGCUGCGCCUGGGGGUGGAUGGCUUCCGCGUGGACUCCAUCCCGCACCUGUUCGAGGACACGCGCUUCCUGGACGAGCCGCUGACGCACACGCCCGGCCUGCAGCCCACGGACUACGACUACACGGAGCACGUGUUCACGCAGAACCUGCCCGAGACCUACGACAUGGUGCACCAGUUCCGGCGGGUGCUGGACGAGUUCCGGGCCGCGGACAACCACACCAGGUUGAUGAUGACCGAGGCGUACGCCAACAUCUCGCAGAUGAUGGGCUACUACGGCACUGACGAGAAACCCGGGGCCCACUUCACCUUCAACUUCCUCCCCAUAAUGCACCUGUCGCGCUCGUCCACGGCGCAGAACUUCUCUGACGUCAUCUUCGAGUGGCUGGACAACGUGCCCAAAGGCAGGUGGAGCAACUGGGUGUUCGGGAACCACGACCAGCCGCGCGUGGCCUCGCGGUUCGGCUCGGACCUGGCCGACGGCAUCAACACUCUGCUGACUCUGCUGCCGGGCACCGCCAUCUCGUACAUGGGCGAGGAGCUGGCCAUGACCAACACCUUCCUGACCUGGAACCAGACCGUGGACCCGCAGGGGCUUAACGCCGGGCCGCAGAACUACAGCUCGUUCAGCCGCGACCCGGAGCGCACGCCCUUCCAGUGGGACAACUCCACCAGCGCCGGAUUCUCCAGCAACCCGCGCACCUGGCUGCCCGUCAACCCCAACUACAAGACCCUGAACCUCGCGGCGGAGGCGGCGGCCCCGACCAGCCACUACAAGGUCUACCAGCAGCUCAACCAGCUGCGCAGGUCCCGCACUGUCCAGAGGGGGUCGCUGACGGUGCGCGUGGUCUCCGAGUGGGUGCUGGCCUUCACCAGGGAGCUGGCCGGCGAGGACACCGUCCUGGCGGCAGUGAACCUCGGUCCCUCGGAGUCCACAGUGGACCUGACCCAGCACUUCUCGGGUCUCCCGCAGAUGGCAACUGUGGCCACGGCGAGCGUCAACUCGGGACUGCGACGAGGUGACAAAAGCAGCCCAGCAUCCUUGAAACUUAAGGGCAAGGCAACUGUCGUGUUGACCUCUGGACAGGUGUCUGGAAGCUCUUGAAAGACCAUUUCAAUUAGGAGAAGAAGGUUGAAAAUAAAUAUUCAAUUGGAAGACGCAAUCCUAGCAAAAUAAAUAAAUUCUUUCAUAAAAUCUUAUAAUAUUUGUAAUACAUUUUUACAUGCAUUAUUGUAAGAUUUCUUGUAAAAUGUCUAUUGUAUGUGGAUUUUCCAGAACUUAUUAAAAUUCAAUAUUA